AUGGAAAGUUGGGACGAUGAGCAAUUGCUCGAAUGGAUCCAGAAAAUACAACCAAACAUUUUCCGCAAUAAGAAGAACGUUUCGACAUUCAAAGCGGCAGAAAUCGAUGGCUCUACCUUCUUGGAUUAUGCUGGGGAUAUAGAUUUCUUCAGCAAAACUCAACUGCCCCCUGGAGUCUAUGGUGCUCUUGCAUCUCUUGCAAAAAAAGUUAAGAAACAGAGGGACAGUGAGCAGAUCGGUCCUCCCCGCAAAAAAAGGCGUCUAGAGGUUAAUCAACCUCCGAAUCCGAAACGUUUCCAGCUGUCCCUCCUUUCAGGAUCAAGCGCUAUCUACGAGGCCGAAGCUGAAGCCGGAACUGAAGCCGGAGACGAAGCCGAAGCCGAAUCUACUGUAAGCCGCAGUCACGUCCUUUUCCCAGCAAGCGCAGAGUUUACCAACUUCAGCAACAAUCCUGGCGCCAUUGUUGUUGAUAAAACACACUUCAUCCCUCUUCUAGAGGAGAGCGCCUUCCAAUACAUGUUUCUCCGUCCUCGGCGCUGGGGAAAGUCCACGUUUCUCAACAUGCUCGCCGCGUACUAUGAUGUCAACACAAAAGAUUCGUUUGAGGAGAUUUUCGGCGGACUUUAUAUAGGCAAGGCACCGACAAAGGCUCGCAACUCCCAUCUUGUUCUUCUCUUCGACUUCUCCACAAUUACAGCAAAUGGAUCUUUUGAAGCGGUCAGCCAGAGCGUCUUUGAUUGUAUCUAUGGGUCAAUACGUGAUUUCCUGCUUAAAUAUCGGAACAUAUUCGGUGAUGUGUCACCAGAUGAAUAUAUUGUUCCCGGCCGCGCCGGACCCUCGCUUCAACGGAUACUGAAUCUCAUUUACGAAAGGGGUUAUACCGCUUUCGUUGGCGUCGACGAGUACGAUGCCCCGGUCAAUACUUGUUUAAUGUCUGCCUUAAGAAACCGAACGCGCUUGCCGGAGAGAGCGCAAGUAAUCGAUUACUUGGAAGACAUCCUCAAGUCCCAAUUCUUUGCCGUGAUGAAGAAAGCUUCUGACAGAAUCGUGGCAAAGUACUGGCUUACCGGAGUGCUUCCAGCUUUCCGUGAUGGGAUCAGUCCCCUGACGGCUACGCAGGUACUCUCAUUUGACUCGCGGUACCGGUCUAUGUGCGGGCUUACACACGAGGAUGUUGAGACCAUUGUCACACGAGCCUUACGCGAUCUUCCGGAGAUUGAGCCUGCCCGCAUAUUGGACUCUCUCAGGCAAUGGUGCAACGGAUACAGGUUCAGCGCGGCCUUUUCUCACUCCAAGGACUCAACCUUAUACAACCCCCAACUAGUUUUCGUUUACUUGCGGAAUAUCAUGUCUGGCCAGCCGCCGCUGUUUUACAACGAGGAACCAAAUACUGUCCGCAUUUCGACAGUAUUGUCAACCGUGGGUGAGACCGGACCCGUCACGAUUCGCAACCUCCUCGAGAUGCUCUUUCGCUCAAACGUACAAGGAAAAAUCUCGACCGAACUUUCUUUCGCUGAACUUACGCAAGACCCAAUAAUUCGGCCAAGCGAUGUGACCUGGUCUCUCUUAUAUUGUUUGGGAGUUGUGACUUUCCAUGAGCAUUUAGGUUAUCUACGUGCACCCAACCGCUCUAUGGUUGAGCUGAUUACCGAACGCAUCAGAGCUUAUCUUAAUGGUGAUCCUGACUUUUCCACGAGGAUGCGCAGAUCCUACGAUGACUUCAUGAAUGGCAACACCACGACGUUUGUGAACUUACUCGAGGAGUUUUUCGGUCAAGGACAUAUUAGGUCAUUCGCUAACACCUAUGAGUCAAACCUGGAAAUGGCAACAAGGUUCCUCUGGGUUCACCGUAAGCAAUGUGUGGAUCAAAUGCACCUUGUGGUGGACCCGACCAAGACGUGGGGAACCGGACGAAACGGAUUUGUCGACCUCUUCGUCGGCAAUGCACACCGACAAUAUCCUGCCUUGAAUUCAGUCAUCGUCAUGGAGCUAAAGAAUGUGUCGCUUUAUUCUCUAUGGAAAGGAAAACAAAAGAGUCCCUCCGUCGAGCCGAACUCUCAGUCUAAUUACGAGCCCCUAGCGAAAGAACUACGCCAAGCCACUGAAGACCAAAUGUUGAAUCUGAAGUACAGCUACCAGGACAAAACUGGGAAAUGGGUCACUCAACAAGUCAAUGACAUUAUGAAGGCCGCCAUUGCUCAAGUCAAUAAUUAUGUAAGCAUCAUCUCGUGUGGUCCGGGAGGGCGAGGACGUGCUGGCGUUGAUGAUUCUCGAGUUUCCUGCGGCGAUGGAGGUCGGGAUGUACUUUGUGGGUAUGUCAUUAUAUGUGUUGGUGGUACACGGGCUAUAUGCAGACAUACGGUGAAGAAAAACACUCAAUGGUCAUAUGAAGUCACUAGCGUUUAG